GCCUAUUGCUGUUGGUGCAGGAAAUCUUUUAAGCUAGCGACAAUGGGUGUUACGGCCCUGGACUCCCAUAUGAAGGGUGCCAAACACACCGCGUGUAGCACUGCUCGCCAUCGCCAACCACCUAUUGGCCCGUUCUGUGCACCGCAGAUCUCUUCGGUUACUGAAACAGCUCUGACUAUCAAUAAUGAAGACAUUUCUACAAUAGAAAUGCCACCACAGCCAAGGAACAUUCUAUCGUACUAUGGCUCGACACCAACUCUGCGGGCAGAGGUGAUGUGGGUCCUUAAAACAGUCUCUGAGCACCACUCUUACACUUCAAAUGAAAACGUUACAGAGAUUUUUAAAAUCAUGUUUCCUGACUCCGAGGUUGCAGCUACAUUCUCGUGUGGAAGCAACAAAACAGCAUAUAUUACUAAAUUCGGAUUAGCUCCCUUUAUAACGAAAGAACUGACUGACCAUGUCAAUAUGUCCAACGGGUUUGUGAUCAUGUUUGACGAGAGUCUCAAUAAGAUGACGAAAAGUAAGCAGUUGGACCUUCAUAUUCGCUACUGGGUGGACGACCACGUUCAGUCACGAUACUUCGGCUCGCAGUUCAUGGGUCAUGCAACGGCGGUGGACCUGCUCAAACAUUUCAAAGAGUGUGUAUGUGACCUUGACUUGAGGAAAAUGGUCUCUGUGUCUAUGGAUGGACCCAAUGUUAAUUGGCGUUUUUUUGAGAUGCUGCAGCAGGAGCAUGCAGAGCAUUUUGGGGGUGCUCAGCUGGCAGUGGUGGGGAGUUGUGGCCUGCAUACUCUCCAUAAUGCCGUCAAAUGUGGAUUCACUGACUGGCAUAUGGAGAAGUUCCUAAGAGCUCUGCAUACAAUUUUUCACAAUGUGCCAGCAAGAAGGGAGGAUUUCUGUAAUCUCACAAAGUCCAAAAUCUUCGCUUUGCCUUUUUGUGGUCAUCGCUGGGUCGAGAACCUCCCUGUGGCGGAGAGGGCCCUUGUCAUCUGGCCAGACAUGAUGAAGUAUGUUGAGGCUGUUAGCACCAAAAAGCUUCCUAACCCUGGGACGUCCUCCUAUGAUACCAUUGCGGCGGCAACCAAAGACCCUCUCAUUCUGGCAAAGCUUCACUUUUUCAUGGCAGUGUGUCGAAGUGUAACACCUUUCCUUACCAGAUACCAGACUGAUGAGCCUAUGCUGCCUUUCAUUGGUAAUGACUUGGCUGAACUGCUGAAGAGUUUGCUGAGGCGAUUCAUCAAACAAGAACUUCUCAAUGAUGCCACACCUCAGCAUUUGGUCCGGCUUGAUGUUAGUGACAUGCAGUCCAGGGUUCAUCUAAGAGCUGUUGAUAUUGGCAUUGGAGCUGAGGCUGCAAUAAAGGAACGUCAGCAGCAGAGUAGAUCCACUGAGGAGCUUUCUGUCCUCCAGUUCAGAAAGGAAUGCAUGGAGGGUCUGUCCAAAAUUGUGAAGAAGAUUCAAGAGAAGAGCCCUUUGAAAUUCCCAACUGUAAGGCAAAUGACUUGUCUUAACCCAGCUGUGAUGUAUUCAAAUCCAGAAUUGUGUCAGGGCCAGAUGAAGUGUCUAGUCAAAAGGUUUCUUCAAGACAAGCAGUUAGAUGGGGUUGCUACAGGUGAUCUGAUCAUUCAGCAAUUUUCACAAUUGUUGUCCCUGGAGGUGAGGAAUGAGAACUUCCUGUCUUUCAAGCCCCUCGAGAAAAGGCUGGAUGUGUUUCUACAUCCUUAUAUAAGUCAGCCCUACCCACAGCUCUGGGCUUUCAUCAGAAACCUUCUGCUCCUCUCCCAUGGGCAGGCUACGGUGGAGAGGGGCUUCUCCAUCAAUAAACAAGUAGAAACUUGUAAUAUCCAAGAGGACACUGUCAUUGCACAAAGAGUUGUGUGCGAUUACGUGUCUAUGCAUGGGGGUGUUACCAAGGUGCCCCUCACACCAGAGCUCCUGUCUUCAGUCACAUCAGCAAGGGUGAGGUACAGGAUGCACCUUGAAAGUGAACGAAAGAAAAAAGAUUCUCAAGCACAUAGUCAAAGAAGAAUAAUGAUUGAAGAGGAGUUGGAGCAGCUAAAAAAGACAAGACAGACCAUCCAGGAAGUUGCGGAGCAUCUGAGGAGGGAUGCAGACAAGAUGGCAGAGGAGGCUGAGGGCAAACAAGGCAGCAAAAUGGCAGAGCUAAUUGCCAAGUCAAACGCGUUGAGAAGAAGCUACAAGCAGAAGUUGACAGAACUUGAGAGCCUGGGCGAAAAAAUUGCAACCAAGGCAGCAGAGCUGCGAAGGCUGUAG